AUGAAUGGUGUGCUGCAGAAGAUGGACGAGUUGUGUGAGCAAGCCUCGCGAGAUCUGCAGCAGAAACUGUUGCAAGCCGAAGCCGGUGUGGACACGGUUUCUUCCCCGCAGAGGCGACAGAAAUUCGAGCUCAUGGCAAUGCAGAAACAAGCAGGUCAAGACGUCACAGCCAAAUUGCAUGAGUGCUUGAGCGGGGUCGAUUUUCGGCGGGCUACCAGCUUUUGCCUCGUUCACGACAAGGUCUGUCCGAUCCCUGACACCCGGACUUAUGAGGAUCAAGGCAUGUUGACAAUAGCCAUUGCGGGGAUUUCCUGUCCGAUGCUCAGUUUGGAUUGGAGUUGUAUGGGGAGCAAGCACGGACUUGUUGGCAAGGGCAACCAGGCCAACAUCAUGUGGGUCCGAGAGCGAUGUGCCAAACAAGAGAAAGUUAUAAUUAUGGAGUGCACAAGUUUGUUCGACGAAAGCGAAGCUGCGACAAAGAUGCUAUCUAGCCUCUAUGAUUUUCAGUCAAUCAUUGUGGGGCCUGAUGAUUUUGGUUUGCCAUGCACAAGACAGAGGAAGUUUUCAGUUGGUAUUCUUCGGUCGUGGGGCUACAUGGAUGCCCCACUAUCUGAGAUUGGCAGCUUUUUCAAGAUCCGCAGAAUCUGCGGUGACGUCUAUUUGACGGCACCCUUGAAGGAUGUGUCGGAGCACCAAGCAAGCAGAGCAGCUGAACGAGGCUUUGCAAGGUCUUCUGCGAGCCUGCUGGAUGUUGCCCAGUUGCUGCCACCGGCCAUGGCCGUCAGGCGGGAGGUGUACCGGGAUCGGCUGCGGGAGCAGGGCCUUUCCACGGGACUGUGCAUGCUUGGGCAGAAUGCAGAAAGCUUCGGACACAUCAGUGAGACAUGUCCAGCCCUUCUGCGAAGCAGCACGGUGUGGUGCUUUGGCCGAUCUGCCGAGAGAGAGCUUUUGGCUAAGGAGCAUUUGGUGGUGAUGGGACUUCCUGUGUAUCCGCAUCUCGAGGCCACCGGGUUCGCUUGUCCUUUCAAGGAAAUUCUGGAUGGCCCGAGGCAGCUCUCAGAUCCGCAAGUCAAAGCAUUGGCAGGGAAUUCUAUUUCUGUGCCGGUGUUUGGCCACUUGGUGACAUAUGUGCUUGCCCAUCUCCAGAGAGGAAGCCAGGCUGUGAUGAUGGAUGAAUGCGGUAGCUGA